CUUCUUUAAUGCCUGUUAUAAAUAAGAUUUGAAGUUUUAUUCUGCGUUAAUUUCAAAUUUGAAAACUUCAUUUGAAACUUUUCAUAUUUAUUUGAGAUUGCCGAACAUAAAAUAGUUUUAGUAAUUGACAUUAUUAAUUUAUUUUCGGCUUCAAAAUGGCGUGUCCGUUUUUUAAAUUAGCGAUUUUUGUUUUUACUGCAAAUAUUUUUUAUCCAAAGAUUUUUUGUCAGCCAAAGUUGGAAACAGAACUUUGUCAGAACGCGACGCAACUGAAAUGUUCGUGUAAGAAGUUUGACAAUUCCAAUGCAUCAACAACAACAUUGUUGGAAGUUGUCUGUUCAAAUGCCUCACUGGCAACUAUUCCUAAUUUUCUGGGACCAUUACGUAGCCUAAUCAUAAAUAACGAUACAUUCAAAAUUUUGCCAGUUUUUGAUCGCUAUUAUGAGUUAAAUCGUCUGGAGUUAAUGCAUGACAACAUUAAUCUCAUAUCUGACUAUGCCUUCCAUAAUCUCACACAACUAAACUACUUGGACCUGUCGUACAACGACAUCGUCAACUUGAAUGAAUUCUCAUUCAGUGGGUUGAAAAAUUUGGAAGUUUUGAACUUGCAGAUGAAUAGGAUAUUCAUCAUCCUACACAACGUAUUCACCUUCGAGUUGCUUCCAUCUCUCCAGAUUCUCCAUUUGGACGGCUGCAAGAUUUUUCAAGUUGAGGCUGGCUCAUUCAAUGGCAUGGGCAACCUUGCAGUUUUGAAUUUAACCGGUAAUAAAAUUGAUGAACCAGAAACGUUAGGAACAUCUAAUGGGCAGUUACAUUCAUUGAGACAUUUGCUGCUGGGCUCAAAUAGGAUCAGAGAGUUGCAUGAAAGUUUUUUAAAAUACACUCCCAAUUUGGAAGAAUUAAAUUUAGAGGGUAAUAAACUUUCAACAGUUUCUAGUCUCAACUUUGAACCAGUUAAAAAGAGUUUGAGAAGUUUGAAUUUGCGUGGUAAUCAAAUAAACGAGCUUCAACCAAAAUGUUUUAAAAACUUGAACUCCUUGGAACAUCUGGACCUUUCAUACAACCAGCUGAUGGUAAUCAGGAGGAAGGCCUUGCCAGAUUUUGAAGUGGAGACCUCACUUGGAUUCAACCUAAUCAUGCAUGACAAUUUUUUGAACUGUUCCAACUGUGAUAAUGCAUGGCUGUUUGAGAACAAUAGAGUCAAAAAUGCAAUGAAAUUCAAUGCAUCAAUAUGCACUUCUCCGGAAAACAUUACCUUCAUAACAGCAUCAUCAACCUUGUUCAAACCCUGCGUGUCGGAUGACGAACGAAUGUACAAGGUGACUCUCGCCAUCUUCAUACUCAUAUUCCUAGUUGUUUUAGCUGUAAUCAUUGUCUUUGGUGUUCUGUGGUACCGGAAGAGGAACUCAGAUAGAUAUCCGAGGGCCAUGAAUGUGGGGCUGUCGAGAAAUAGUGGCUGGGUUGGAGAGGGCACAGCAAGUAACGAGGGAAAGUUCUCUUAUAGAGAGCUCGAAAACCAAAAUGCAUUCUCCAUAGAUGACAAUGAGGAUAAUAACAAUGUCAGUGCUGAUGCAACAAACAAUGAUAAUGAUGCUAAGUUGUAGGCAUUUGACUGAUUUAAAUUAUAUUCAGCUUUUCUUUUUUUAACACAAUCAUGCCAGCUAAAAUCAUCUUACACAAAUAGUAUAAUUUGGUGAAUAUAUUUCAAUGUACUAUCAAUGUACUAAAGACAGCUCUUUUUUUUACAGAUAAUUCUUCAUUAAUUGUGUUUUCAGCCACUGUAUUGUUUAGUUCUUGUUUUCUCAUUCAUACUUUACACUGAGCUGUUUGUAGCUAAAUUGAAUCAAUCCUCUACCUAAGGUACAACAACAACAACGGACACACACACACUACUUAUAUUGUUAUAUAUGCAGGAAUAGUCAAUAAUAUAUAUUUGUUUACUCUCAUAUCAUUUGUCUUUUUUAUUAUUCUCUGUUUAUAUUGGAUAGAACUCAGAAGUAAAAAUCAAAAUAUUUUAUUCUAAAAUUCUUUUUUUUUUUUUUUUACAAAAUAUUUUCACCCAUAGUUUCAUGUUAAAAGCAGAGGAGUGUGUAUGUGUAUAUGUUUUGAAAUUUGUGAGUUAUUAAUAAUUUCAUCGCUACUUGUGUAUGUGUGUGUGUGUGUGUGUGUGUGUGUGUGUGUGUGUGUGUGUGUGUGUGUGUGUGUGUGUGUGUGCGCGUCUCAUCUCCAGCCAUUGAAUUUCGAAGCUUCUCACUUUUUUUUACGAACGAAUUUAUUGUUCCUUAUUCUUACUUUCUUGCAGAUGAAUUAUCAUUUUUAAAGAGAUAUUUUUAUAAAUUUCAUUAUACAAUUGAUAAUAUUUUAUUGGAAUUAUCAAUUUUUUGAUACGUGAAUUUUUAUAUAUUUGGAUUUUAGUAUAUGAACUGCUCGUCGACAAAAUAUCAUUCAAGCCCUGUAUCCAUGCAUUGAAUAGUUGAUAAUUUUGUUGACUAAUAAACGAUUAUUUACGAAUUAAU